GUAAACAUUUGAUAAUUAAGUUUAAGAAAUACACAUUUUCUAGAAUUUCACACAAGAAUUGAUUACAAAAGCUUUGAGUUUGAAUUACGAUACCACUGGGGAGUGAAUAGGAAGACAAUAAACUUGAUAUCCAUUCGCGAGACAACUCUGUGCCCAACCAUUCAUUUGAGGAAAAAAUUGUUUUUCUAAUACAUUGCUUUCAAAUUGUGAUUUAUAUUUGCGAUCAUCGCAAUUGCACAAUCAGUUUGAAAGUCACUCAUCCCAGCGCUCAUCCGAUUCCGGCGAUCGGCUGUCCAUUCAAUUGACCGCUCAUUUCAGGCGCACAACACGAGUGCCGCGUUAUCUCAAGAAGAGGCCAGCGAUCAGCGGAUCCAUUGAGUCAUGAAAUUCGCGGAACACCUGUCGGCGCACAUCACACCUGAAUGGAGGAAACAGUACAUCACUUACGAGAAUAUGAAGGAAAUGCUGUACUCAGCCAUCGAUGGUCUGCCGAAUGAGGCCCAAGAAUGUCACGACACCGUCAACACCAUCGACACCAUCAACAGCAUCGACACCAUCACCACCGUCAACGAGGAGACCAAUGAGUGUAUUCGACAGUUCGAGGAGGAGUUCUUCGUGUACUGCGAGCGCGAGUUGUCUAAAAUCAACACAUUCUUCGCCGAGAAGUUGGCCGAAGCCAUCCGACGCUUCGGCGAUCUCAAGACCGAACUCAACGAAAGCCAACACUUCCAACAAAAUGGCAAACCGAAAGACGACAAACUGUUCGGUCUUUUCGACCGCAAGAUAAUCAACGAACGCGACGAUCGGCUGAACAUCGACCGCAAGGUGUCCCGAAAGCUCCACGACCUGAAACUGGCGUUUUCCGAGUUCUACUUAUCGCUGGUAUUGCUCCAGAACUACCAAAACCUCAAUUUCACGGGUUUUCGCAAAAUUCUCAAAAAACACGACAAACUGCUCAACACUAACGCCGGUCUCGAGUGGCGGCAGACGAACGUCGAGUCCUCGCACUUCUACACCAAUAACGAAGUGAAUAAACUCAUUAUAGAGACCGAGAACCUGUUCACCACUCACCUCGAGUCGGGCGACCGCCAGAAGGCGAUGAAGAGGCUACGGGUGCCGCCGCUGAACGCCCACCAGUCCGUGUGGACCACGUUCAGGGUCGGCAUCUUUUUGGGCGCGUUCGUCGUCUUACUGUUCAACGUGUUAUUUGUUUCACUGUUAGUCCCAUUGGGUCACGAGUGGCCGGUAGUCGUGCGCCUAUUUCGCGGCCCACUUAUGAUAAUUAUGUUCUUAUUUAUGAUCGGAAUCAAUGUCUACGGGUGGCGGACGUCGGGCGUGAAUCACGUAUUGAUCUUCGAAUUGGAUCCGAGAGACCACUUGUCUGAACAGCACUUCUUCGAGAUCGCCUCCAUAUUCGCGGUCUUGUGGUCGCUGUCGGUGCUCUCCUACCUGUUCUCACCAAACAUACUGUCGAUUAACGCGAAUCUCUUUCCACUGCUUCUGGUAUUCUUUAUGGUGUUGUUUAUGAUUAAUCCGACGCGAACUCUAAGACAUAGCGCCCGCUUCUGGCUGUUGAAGGUUUUGAUUCGUGUGAUUAGAGCGCCUUUCGUUAAAGUAGAGUUCGCCGACUUCUGGCUCGCGGAUCAGCUCAACUCAAUUGUUCCCGUUCUUCAGGACUUUGAGUUCUUAAUCUGUUAUUACUUCAACUUCUACUCGAUUACAUCUCAUAAGGGUUUCGAGACGUCAUCCGACUGUUGCAUAUCGUCGUCGACGUCCGACCUCUUGAUCCGCACAUUCGUGGCGUGUCUUCCGGCGUGGUUUCGGUUCGCGCAGUGUUUGCGUCGAUAUAAAGACGACAGGAGAGGGCUGUUCCCGCAUGUGGUGAAUGCCGGCAAAUACUCGACCACUUUCUUUGUGGUCAUAUUCUCCACGUUAACCAAACUGACGAUCAACGAUUACGACCACUCCUUCUCCAACCCGUACUUCAAUCUGUGGAUCAUAUCGAUGAUCGUGUCGUCGUGUUAUACAUACGUGUGGGACGUGAAGAUGGAUUGGGGUCUCUUCGACCCCAACAGUCCGUCCAAAGAGUACCCGUUUCUGCGCGAAGAGAUCGUCUACUCGUCGCCCAACUAUUACUACUUCGCGAUCAUUGAGGACCUGAUCCUGAGGUUCGCGUGGACUCUGUCGGUGUCGCUGCAAGAGGUCGGUGUGAUUCACGCAGAACUCGUGACCUCCAUAUUAGCGCCGUUAGAGCUGUUCCGUCGGUUUGUGUGGAACUUCUUUCGCCUGGAGAACGAACACCUCAACAAUUGCGGAGAGUUUCGGGCGGUUCGGGACAUAUCGAUAGCGCCCAUCGAGAACACCAGAGACUCGAUGAAUAUAAUGGACAAAAUGCGGACCAAUACGGGCCUCAAGUACCGGAAGCCGAGGUCUAAGUCGCGACAAGUGAGUCGCGAAGACUCCAAUUCCGGCAAAUUCUUGAAAGUCAAGCCCAACCAGAGUUCCGCUUCAUUGAGCACCAACUCCUCGAUAUCGACGUCCAAUAGAGGCAAUUGUGACGUAAACCUACUGAUCGACCCGAUCGACGACACCUGCGAACUGAACCGCUUAUGACUAGCAAUGGAUUCGGCGGUCAAUAAGCUCUCACACAAUGUUUAGAUGCAAUCAAACGCCAAAUUAGUUUACAUUUUAUUCGUAUAUUAUAUAUAAAUUAGGUUUUUAUUG